AACAGGGAGGGGAAGCUCUCACAAGCCCGCAGUGCACGUGUGUGAAAAGACAAGUUUUCAAUAACCUCUGAGCCCACAUACAAAAGGAAUAUACUGAAUCGUUCCCCACACUUUUCUCCGUUGCUGAAGUCACUUUUCCACACUCAGAGGCCAGAAUGUGGGAUUUAAUACAGUUUUUAACCUCGGGAUUAUUGACAGUCGUCAGCACUGGGGCCCCUGAAGUCACGCAUCGUUCGUGCAGCUACGGUGGUGUGUUUCAUGUGCGAGCCAGUUCCAAUUACUCGCUGACCUUUGAGCAGGCGGGGGAUCUGUGCCAGGGCCUGUAUGCCAGCCUCGCCAGCGAGGCACAGAUCACAGAGGCCUACAGCAAAGGGCUCGAAACAUGCAGGUAUGGAUGGAUUAACGAUGAGCGAGCUUCAAUGCUUAACCAUGCACUCCAGCCAGAUUGCCCCUCUGGUGAAACUGGCAUCCUCUUUCUUGAGGACACACCUGAGUCUCUCACUGAUGCCUACUGCUAUGACCCAGCAGUAACAUCAGAUGUCGACUGUGGUGAAUCUGUGACACCACCAGCCAAAGAGUCCUCUGCAGUCACAUCUGAGCCUGGUCUUGACGGCGACGAUGGCAUCGAGACAGAGGUCAAAUAUCUCACCAGUGGCCCUGAGGAUGGUUAUAGCAAUAGCACCACAGGAGACUCAGAAAUGGCCGUUGAUAGGGAUGAAAACCCUGAGGUGGCAGUGGAUCCAUCUGCAGGAACCCCAAUGUCAACAGAGGCAGAAGGGGAGGAAGGGGCUGAAACCAAGCCUUUUGAAGACUUUGAUGAGGUUUUCGGCGGAAAUGCCACGACCCUCAGUGCUAACGACACCACGGCAGUGGGUGACCUUGAAGACACCCUAGCGGAAGACGUUCACCAGGUGAAUGGCACAACGGCUGUAGCCGAAGACACAGGCGAUGAGCACAUGAAUGGCACGGAGACCGUACUAGAGGACAUGGAAGGAGGAGGGCAUGUGAAUGGUACAGAAGAGAUCCCUGACAACACGUCUGCGGAAGAGUCUUUGCAGCCAUCUGAGGCCAGUCCAUCGGAGAGAGAGGAAACGGAGGAGGAAGAGGAGGAGGAGGAGAGUCCAGUUGGAUUGUCUACCCCUGCCACAGUCACAGCCAGUGAGUCUGAUGAUGAUGAUGAUGAGGAUGCUGGUAAGGAAGAGAAUGCAGACAGUCAAGAUGACAACACCACUGCAUCUUCUCCAGACAGUGUGGCAGAGACCACAGAGUCUCCUGGUGACAAGGAUGCUGAAUUGGAAAAGGAGCCGUCUAAUUAUGCUGAAGAAAGACAUGACUCUCCUGCCCCAAGGGGUCGGAUGGGACGAAAGAACAACCACACACACCAAACUCGAGAGGAAAGCGGCGGAGCUCCUGGUUGGCUAAUCAUCUUCGCAUUUGUCAUGGUUGUCACCGCCCUGGUCUGCAUAUUUGCUGCCAUCGCCACCAAGGACAGGUGGCUAGGACCAGGACAUUGCCUCUCAAAAAAGACAGCAGACAGCAGUGAGAAUGGCGAGAAAAGAGCUGCAGUGUCACUGACUGCGGAGAAGGAGCAUGAAAUGACAACACUGAUGAACAAGGGUCAGGCUCAGACGAACGGUCGCAUGGAUGAGUUUACUGUAAUCGCCCUGGAAGAGACCCCGGAGAAGGAGUGCUUGGCAUGAGAAGGAAAUAACAGACUGGGUUUUAGUUUAUCUUUUCCUUUUCUUUUAUUUCUUUGAUGAAACUGUAUUACCAGUGCAGAUUGCCUCUUCAAAUGGCACUGUAAAUUAUAUACACAUGCCAGUAGAGAUGAGGGAAAGAUGGCAAACCAUACUGUCAAUACCAUGUCAUCAAAAAUUACACUAAUAUCCUUAAAUGCAGCACUGAAUGACAGUUCUUUCAAAGAAAGUACUCCUUGUUGCACGACAGGACGUGAUCUUAUUUUCGCAUUUCAACACUAUUGCCAGAGUCCAGUUCAGUUUAUUUCAGAAAUUAAUCUGUGAAAAUUUUGGUUGAAAGAAAGCCUCAUAAAAUUCAACUAAUUUAAUUUCAAACUUGGGAUGAUCUGAGGUCAGACGUUCUCUAUUCUUGUGUCAGAAUCCGUUCCCACAGCAAUUACCCUGGGAACUGGUGAGCAGCCAGCCUACAUUCACACUGUUACGCAAGCACAUGCCGGGACACUGACAGAGCGAGUUGCUUCACCACCAAAAAAGAGAAAAGAAAAAUCACAGUUAGCUUUGAAGAAAAGAACUCGGUGCUCAUCAGGAAUUUAACUUUAACUAACAGAAUUCUUUGUGAAUGCUCUGACUGCUGAUACGAGCAUGUUGUCCCAGUUCAAAGUUAGGAGCAGGAUCUGGCACUGUUUUCCGUUUGUCUAAAAACACCUUUAAAGUCCGUUAAUAUUCAACGUUUUGGCAAGAUCACAAGAGUAUACACGUGAAGGUGCCAAAUGCAUACAGUCAGAUGAUUAUGUAAAGGGUUGCUUUCUUCCACAUGUCUGACUGCAGUACUCUAUACUUGCUAUUCGUAAGCACACUUGACAGGGGUCAUACAUAAUACAAUUCCCAAUGAUGAUCAGAAAAAAUACAGGGACAGCAGACAGUCUUUCCAAACAUGGACAGACAAGCCCAGCAUUGUAUAUAAAGCCCCCCUGGGUUGUGCCUUAUUAUAAUUGUCCCGUCUUCAAUUAUAAGGGAAUUCUGUACUUUGAGUUACCAGCAAUUUCAAUCCGAUACUGCAAAAAUAAGUCUUCCUGAAUCACUGGUCUCCAAUCUCCCCUCUUUUAUAUUUCUAUUGUUUAAUGCAGAUCAAAUCUGGCCAUAUGAAAUAUGGUUUUAUGAUUACCAAACCUGUAUAUAUGUAUUGUAAUUUCUUUCUUUGAAGUAGUUAGUGUCAAAGGAGUCAGGAGGGAAAAGUGGGCACAGAAGUGAGUCACAAAAUCACAUUUUCCAGGUUAGUCCCCCAAUUCAUUAGCCUGAUUAUCAUCGACUUUCAAAUCUCCUCGAGACUUGGUCUGACGAAGAGCAUAACAAUUAACAUUUCCCAAACAGCAUGGUUGACCUGUCUCCCUUGGUUUGGUCUCCCAUUGUUGUUUGCUUCCCGAUAAAGUGGGAGGAGUUCCCGAUUUUUCGGGAGCUCAGAAACUAUAUUUGUAUUGCACUUGGCCUGACUGGAAGCAUCGCUUAAGGUGUUGCGUCACUAGGAGGGCGCGGCCUGGCUACCAAUUCAUAGUCUCAUUGACACCCCUGUAUGUACUCAGAACAUCAAAUGAAAUAUCAAGGUAUUGAUUACAUUUUCUGUUUUGGCAGUUUUUUAUUUCACCAUGCCCAUUUUUCCAUUGGAGUCCUUACCAGUGACAUGUACACUGUGGUGUAGCUAGCUAGCCUUCAGAAUGAGCUAAUAGACCUUGACUGUAUUAUGUAUGGACCUACUGUAGAGAAGCACAAAGAGAUUAUUUAUGAGGUUAGCUACAGACUAUUAUUAUUUUCCUUUUGUCACGCUGCAAUGUUGCAUUUGACCAUAACUGGUUGUUUAAGAUUCUUGUGUGUGUUUUUUUUUAAUCGCCCUGAAUCUUCACUUGAUUACUGUAAUGCCAUGUACACCUCCUGUGCCUCACAUCCGAAACCGCUAGCCUAAUGUAUGUAUUUCUAUUAAUUUAUAGUAUAAGAUGCACUGAAAUGGAGAUUAAAUUAUUUACAGUAAAGUUUCGUACAGUUUGUUAACUUGGACAGUCUGUGUGUCAUUUAUUCAUGCUGCAAUUGAA